CAGUUCGAGGCAUUUAACGGCGAUCAACAGGUGAAAGCGCGCAGUUGGCUUAGAAGCGGCCAGCAGUAAGCACACGACAGCCAAGGCAAGCAAGUGAAAGUAAACGCAUCCACUUUGAAGGGAAACAUAACUGUUACAUAGUUUGAAUAUUUCUUCUUUACUGUGACCCGUUAAGUUACGCGGCAAAUUGAGUUUAUCUGCUUCGCUUUAUAAUCACAUUAGAAGCGAAACGCGGUGAAAUUAAUUAAAAGCAAAGAACCAAUAAACUCACUAAACAGUGCAACAAGUGUGAAUUACAACAACAACGACCGUUACAGGGAUAUACAUUGUAGAGUUAAAGGAUUUAAGGGCAAGUGCUUCAGUUGCGUCGCUCCAUUGAGUUAUCAAAGUAACAACAACAAAGCCAAUAUGCAGCAUUCGAACAGUGAACGGCAAUCCCGGUGUAAACUCCUCACAACCAUGUGUCACGUGUUGCUCAUGGUGGCCAUUGUGAAUGUGAAAUUGUCCGCAGUAUUCGGCGAAGAGGCGGUCACUGGGAUCGCGCUACCGGCCGUCAACGAAGACAAACGCAACUGGCAGGCACUUCAGGGUCCUUGGGGCAAGCGCGCACACUACGCUGGACCAACGUUGCCCGAGCUGAAUGAGCAAGAGCAAGACGACGAGCGCUUGGUGCCGCUACUGAUCAGCAACGGUGAACGCGACGAACCCUUCCUGAAGUUCUCCAUGAUGUACCUGACCAACGCAGGCACACUGGAUCGCUUGUUGAACGACCGGCAAGACGAGCAGAGCGGGCUGCGUAUGAGCGAUGACCUGGUAUCGUCUAUGGAGGACAAUGAGGGGUAUGGCAACAACAAUGACGACAACAACACUCCGCUGAGUGAGAAGCGCGCUUGGAACAAAAUGAACGCCGCUUGGGGCAAGCGCCGCAACGCGCCUACUUGGAACAAAUUCCGUGGUGCAUGGGGCAAGCGUGAACCUGGCUGGAACAAUCUCAAGGGUAUGUGGGGCAAACGCUCCUCCAAGGAUUGGAUGAAGUUGCAUGGCGGUUGGGGCAAGCGCGCCUUGAACUAAGGCGUUGCGCGCGCAAUGGAAACCCUUCAACAGAAUGUGCAGCUAAAUGUGUGUUUAACGGCGAUCAGCAAUUCAACAUGAAACCAAACAACAACAAUCUACAAUUAAUUCACAAUUCAAUUAUGGAAAAAACGCAACAAAACAAUGUAUACAAAAUCUAAUAAAUUAUGUAAUCAUAUUUGCCUAUUGUACAUUUUACCUUACUUCUUUAUAUGUAUGUAUGUAAACAUAAUUAAUUAAUUAAUUAAUUAAACUAAGCUAAUCUCUUGUAAUAAUGUGUAAGUAUUAUGUGACGGGAGCUAUGUAUGUAAAUGUAAAAUACACACACAACUAUGAGCAUCUUAAUAUACACACUCACACACACACACAAACAUAUAUACCGAUAUUUAUAUAUAUGCAUGUACUAAUUAGGAUGCAAUAAAUUAAAAUUGAACUAAAUAUUGAACACCUUUAUGUGCUAAAGUGUUAUGCAAACAAAAUAUUAAAGGAACCCAUGAACAGCAUUGAAAAAACGCAAAAUUUGAAUCCGGUUUUCUAUUUGAGAUUUUUAAUACCAAAAAUGUAUGAAAGCCUUAAAUGUUCUGUGUAUGUAUUGUAUGUAAAUGUGUAUAGUUCUGUUAAUUUAUAUUUAUAUAUGUAUGUACAUAUGUACUUCAAAGAGAGUAUCUAAGAAUUUCUCCCCCACUUAAAAGCAAUUUCGUGCAUGAAGAUGAACCCACUGGAUGGCAAGAGAGGAGCGAAGUGUGUGCAGCCAACAAACAAUUCCAGUCAAUUAAAUCUGGUGUUGUGUAUUCAUUACAAAAAC